CGACCUGGCCAAGACAAAAGUCGUUGCUGCGCCGUCUUCGACGCUGGUAAACACCACGGGCAGCCUUCUGCCACAGCGUCGCUGUCCAUCCUCGUCUUUCUCGGCUCUGCGGUUCUGCGGCUCUGUGGCUCUGUGUCUUCCUAUUCUCCAUCGCUAGCAUGUUUAAUCGAAAGAAGUCCGAGAGCCCUGGCAGCCUGCCCAGCUACGAUGCUGAGCAGCACCUUUCGACACAGCAAGUCCACCGGGCCACCCGGACCCGCAAAAUCUUCUCUGUCCUCACAGCCGUCUUCCUAUUCAUUUCCGUUAUUUUCGUCAUUAUGGUGGAGGUCGGCCAGACGUACAAUCGAUCCGUCCUCAGAGACAUUUAUUUCAUCAAACUCGACCUAAGCCACAUCAUCCCCGCCGCCGUUCCGAACUCGGUUCUUAUCAAUUCAAUUGCCCGGACGCUCGGUCUUCACGACUUCUAUACAGUGGGGCUUUGGGGAUACUGCGAAGGAUACAAUGGCGACGGCGUCACCAAUUGCUCGCCUCCUAAAACUCUGUACUGGUUUAAUCCAGUCGAAAUCCUGCAAAGCGAGCUCUUAGCAGGUGCCUCAAUCAAUCUUCCUGCCGACGUCAAUAACAUCCUCAAACUCAUCCACAUCGUCUCGAAUGUUAUGUUCGGCUUCUACCUCGCCGGAGCGUGUCUCUCGACCGUCAUGAUCUUCAUCGUUCCCCUAUCAAUUUAUUCGCGCUGGGCAUCCUUCGCUAUUGCCUUCUUCACCUUCCUAGCGGCUCUCUUCAUCACCGUCGGAACCGUUAUUGCUACCGUCAUGUUCAUUAUCUUCCGAAACGUCAUCAGGGGCGUUGCAGAGAUCAACAUCCAGGCGACAAUUGGUAUCAAUAUGUUCGCUUUGAUGUGGGUAGCUGCCGCCUUCUCCAUCUUUGCGUGGUUGGUCCAAACUGGAUUGUGCUGUUGCUGUGCCAGCAGAAGGGAUGUCAAGACGGGACGGAAGAAGGGUAACAAGCACGCAUACACCGACACUCCGGCCGGCGAGACGGAAAAGCCCAAAGCGAGGAGGCGGUUUCGUCUUGGGAAGAAGGCUUCUUGAACAGCCCUGGAGCUAAAGUAUCACAUGAGAGGGACUCGCCCAGAGAAACCCUUGCUCAAGGGCCUUAAGACGCCGCUCCGUGUCUUGGGUUGGACUGGGCAUGGGGCAGCACAGAGGUGGCUUUGAGACUGCUUGUCACGGUCUGAGCUUAUAGACGCGACAGAGUGCAACGAAAAGCGGAUCUUUUCAUCAUAUAUAUUCUUUCUUGUAAUGGACUAGACCUUCAGCAUGGCAAGCGGGCGUUUGGAACGACUGUUUCGGGUCCCGGAUAUAGACCAGCAUUUGAAUUAAUAGUGCUUUAACACUGCACACUUUGCUAUGACUACAUG